UGUAGUCGGAGGAUAAUUCAAAAGUUUUAUGUAAAUUAUUUUCAAUAGUAGUAAUCUUUGGAAAAUGAAUUAUUUUUUGACAUGCAUUUGUAUCGUUCUAUUAAAGUACGGAUCUGUUCAUGCUAAUCAAAACAUAUACGAGUAUGGUGAUUGUCAAGAAGGCGGAGCCUCUUAUACAUAUGGACAUUUUGUCAUAUGUUACUGGAUAGAUUUUGUGCCUCUUCAACAUGGCACGACUCAUUGUGGAGAUUAUGAUUAUGCAUGGGUACCAGACAGUGGUGCAAAUGAUAUUUUAUAUCAGUUAGCAUUAACAAGGGGAACUGCAAAUAUCAUGUAUCACAUUGGAUACACAAUCGACUACAGCUCAUCCGUAGAUUACACAGUUAUAAGAGAGGUAAAUGGUGAGCCACAGAAUUAUUCUGCGUUUAUAUCGGCGAUGGAUACUACUAAAACCUGUGUUGGCUUCAAAGACGGACAUUGGGAUUCCAUACUUUGUACGCUCUACCGGGAAGCUUUUUGCUCUUUAGUUAUCGAGUUUAACUAUGGAGAUUGUAAGGAUAAUGGCGUGUCAUACUUAGUCGGGCUAAAUCUAUACUGUUACUGGAUUGACACUACCCAACAACAAUCUACAAAUGCAUGUGACCUUGAAUACUCCGUUAUCCCAGAUUUAAAAGCACAAAGAGUGGUUAAUUGGUUAAUUAAAGUGCGAAACCUAUCACAUACAGGGACUUAUUACCAUAUAGGAUAUAAAGAAACCCCAAGUGGAACAAAUGGUGUGUACACACAUUACGGAGUGCUACAAGACUGGACGAAUUGGGAUGUCAGCGAUUCAUACCCGUUGGAUAACAAUGUAGACAAUUGUGUUAUCAUUAAGCAGCCGUAUGGUCUUUGGAGAGACUAUACUUGCACAUUGUCACUCAUGUCAAUUUGCUCAACGGUUAGAAAAGUCACACGAUGUCAAACACCAGUCGUUUACGAUGGAUCAACGUUGAUAAGUCAAACCGGAGAUAUAUAUGGUGACACAUGUCAUUACACCUGUGACAUAGGCCGUGUGUUGGUGUCCGGAAAUCUAACGAGAACUUGUCAAAUGUAUGGAUUUUGGGACUACAGUGCACCAGUCUGUAGUAUAGAAACAUCCCAAACAACAACGGAAGUGAUAUCAACACCUGAACUAAAAUCGAGCGACAUAUCAACAUCAACAACCAUCGUCAUGGAGACUACAACCAAUACUCAAAAAGUUGAAGAAACCACCACGUUGUCACCUUCCGGCACAACAUCUAAUCUUUGCAUUUGUGCAUGCUCCCUAGUUGCAAAUAUGACAAUUGAUAUUGAACAGAGAAUUGAAGAAUUAAAAAAAAUCCUGACGGUGGACAAAGAGGUCUUAUCAUCUACAAUCCGCCGCCUUACUUGUGCGGAUGAUCCACGGCCGUCGUCGGCUUACAUUGGCUAUACUGGAGCUAUCAUCAUCGGUACUGUUCACAUCGAUCAUUAUCGUUGAUAUAAUUAACAUAUAUCUCUUCUGCAAAACAUUUUGAUUGAGAUUGAUAGUAUAUAUAUAUUUUGAAGAAUGGGAUAUUAUAUAUGAUGAGUUUAUUUACAACCAAUUGGUCGAAACCACUGCUGGUGGAGUUUUAAUUACCGGAGAGUAUCACCAGUCCAGGCCUCACGGUCAUAAAACUUUCGAGCAUGAUUUUUGUACUCAGACUCGAAAAUCAACCAAUCAUAUUGCUGGAUUUCCUGUUUCGAGCAUGAUUUUUGUGCUCCGAGCACUGAGCAAAGUUUUAUGCCUUCAAGGCCAGUAGUCAGCAUUUCUGUGCCGACAUGAAUUAUCAUUGAUAUGGCAAUAUCUAUACAUUAACUGUUUACAAAACAUUUAAAUUUUUGAAAAACUAAGGAUUUUCUACCUCAGGAAUAGAUUACUUUAGUUGUAAUUGGCAAAACUUUUAGGAAUUUUGGUCCUCAAUGCUCCUCAACUUUGUACUUUAUUUGGCCUUUUUAACUUUUUUGGAUUCGAGCGUCACUGAUGAGUCUUGUGUAGACGAAACGUGCGUCUGGCGUAAAUACAAUAUUUAAUCCUGGAUUAUAUGAUGAGUAUAUAUACACAUUUUAAAAGUUACAAAAAGUUAUUGUUACUUUUAUUGUGAUUCAUCCACAGAUUCUUCUUUGUAUUAUCAAGACCGUCCCAUUUUUUUGGUAUUUUAAAGCCAUCGUUAUUGUUUGUUCCACUGAUAUUUAUAACCAAUGAAUAAAAUGUUAUUUAUAUACACACCAGAGAGAAAUUCUGAUAAAAAAUCUAAGAUGGCUUCCUGAUGACCUUAUCCCGAAUAUCUGGUAAUCCGAAUCUUUCGUAUAAACAAAAGGUCAUUUUUUUUAACAUUUAUUCGAAUUUAUUUAAAGGUCUGAGAGAUUUCUUGUUAUGUAGAAGUGUAUACUAGUAGGCUGUACAUCCACGUCAUCACCAUCAUCAUCAGCAUUAUUAAAAAAAACUUACGUUAUUUUUGUUCCAUCUUUUUAAAUUGAUAGAUACGUAAAGUAUUGUAUCGCCUCCGGGUGCGGGGAUUUCUCGUUACAUUGAAGACCUGUUGGUGACCUUCUUCUGUUAUUUUUUCUAUGGUCGGGUUGUUGUCUCUUUGAUACAUUCCCUAUUUCCAUUCUCAAUUUUAUAUUUUGUACUGUUGCAUGCUUAUGUUAAUAUUGUAUAAUAAUGUAUUGUUGUUCGGACAGGACUUCAUAAGUUUG